CUUCUUGUCCCUCCCACGUCCAGAAUGCAUCCACCUCAUCCUCGCCAACCUACUGCAGCAUUCAGCUUUUGAUUCCCCCUCAUCUUUGCAUCUUCUUGGUCUACUACCGCUUCGGCCCUGCAUCUAUCUCUACCAUCAUUAUGUCGCCAUCUUCCAACGCUGUUGCCCAAGGCUCCGUGUCAAGCCAGCGCUCAGGCAACCCUGCCGCGCCACAAGGAAUCCAUCUUCCCCAAUUUACCCAUAGCCUAGAUGAUCCUGUCAACAGACGGAUGCAGAACCUAGGCUACGUUGCUGGGACUCCACUGUUCGCUCGCAAUCCCGACGCGAAGCGCAUACUUGCUGCUGCUAUGAAGCUCAUCAAUACGAGCCCGACACCGACCCCGAGGACAUCUACAUGA